AUGUUCCAGGGGCAGCGUGGUUGGUUCUGCGGCAGUGUCAGUCAGGACCUGAGGCAAUUCUGGGUGGACGAAGGCGGGAUGGUCAGCGACGCGCAGGCCGCCGACUUCCUGUUCAGCUGCGACGCCUCGCACCCUGACACGCUGAGAAUAUAUGAGAGCCUCGAGUACAUAGAAGAUAAUGCUACAGUUUUUCAUGCCUGCUAUCUUGCUGCAGUAGCUAAUACUGAAAUGAAAAAUUCAGUGGCCUUAGGCCAUUUUGUUCUUCCUCCUGCAUGUCUGCAAAAAGAAAUACGAAGAAAAAUUGGUAGUUUUAUUUGGGAACGAGAUGAAAAAUUUCAGAUAGCAAAGCAUGAUAGAAUGACAUCAAGUGAAAAGGAAAACAUUGGCCCAACAACAGAACACAAAGGAGAACUUUCCAAAAGUGCUGAGAAUCAUUUCAUAAGAACUCCAGUUAUAGAAAAUCAGAUGUGCUUCCCUCUUCAGAAUUAUCCCGUGAACAACAUGGUGACAGGUUAUAUAUCAAUUGAUGCCUUGGAGAAAUUCCUUGGAGAAUUACAUGACUUCAUUCCUGGAAGCUCAGGAUAUUUGGCAUAUCAUGUUCAAAAUGAAAUUAAUAUGUCUGCUAUAAAAAACAAAUUAAGAAGGAAACUAAGUUAAGCUGUACUUACAUUUUGUCACUUAUUUUUUAUAAAAAUAGUAUGAUGUGUAUAAUUUAAAUAUGAAUGGAGAAAGAAUUAUUUUCUUAAUAUGUGUCCUGAGAAAACUCAGAAUCAUUUGACCACUGAAAUCUGUGACACAUUCACAAAUUGUGAGUUAUUGCCAUCCAAACAUGCUUACAAGAAUUCUGUCAAAGGCUCUUUUGAUUUUGACUUUAAUAUUGUAUUUUUUCCCCUAGGUUCAAUAUUGAAUUAUUGAAUUAUGAUGCUGGUCAGGUUAUUUUGAUUUAAAAUAAAUUAGGAGGCUAUAAUUGAACUGUAAAUGUUUGUUUCUGAAACAUAGUGAGUCAGGUGCCUCACAAUCCCCAUGGUAGAGUUUGAGGCCAACACUGUGGCUUAUGAGGAAAUGAAGCCCUUGGGAAAGUGUCUUGCCAGGGUGACUAAAUGAGACCCAACCCAAAUUGGAAUAUGACUUUCCUGAUUUUCCAAGCUGGUAGUCAUACCCUGUUCUCCUGUAUGGCCAUGCUGGAACCUCUGUGUCAGCUCUGUGUAUCUCACUGUGUUGUUCCAGCUGGCCUCUAGCCCCCACGUAUUGUUCCUACCUCAGUGCAUUCCAAAUAAGCUGAAACUGUAGCUGUGUACUUCUGGACCUAGCUUUUGUGUCUUUUAUAUAAAUCUAGAGAUGUGGCAAUCUCAAGAGGCAGUUUUGCUGAGCUUGGUAGUACUGACCUAGGUACUUGGAUGACUGAGGCAGGGGUAUAGAAAGCCCUAGCCAACCUGGGCAACUUCCUAAGUCCCUGUCUCAGAAUAAAAAGUUAGAAGAGGCUGGGCAGUGGUGGCGCAGGCCUGUAAUCCCAGCACUUGGGAAGCAGAGGCAGGCGGAUUUCUGAGUUCGAGGCCAGCCUGGUCUACAGAAUGAGUUCCAGGACAGCCAGGGCUACACAGAGAAACCCUGUCUUGAAAAAAAAAAAAAAAGUUAGAAGAGGCCAGUUACAAAGCUUCUUUCUACUCAGCAUGUAGAAGGUCCUAGAGCCGGGCGUGGUGGCACACACCUGUAAUCCCAGCACUUGGGAGGCAGAAGCAGGCAGAUUUCUGAGUUGAGGCCAGCCUGGUCUACAGAGUGAGUUCCAGGACAGCCAGGACUACACAGAAAAACCCUGUCUCAAAAAAACAAAAACAAAAACAAAAAGAAGAAGGAGAAGGAGAAGGAGAAGGAGAAGAAGGAGGAGGUCCUGUGUUCAUUCCCAUGAAAUUACUUCUUUACUUAGAGUUUGGUGGGCUAAUCACUUUCUGGAGACAUAAAUGGAAUUUUUCUGAAGAUGUCUUCUUAGACCUACUUGUUCUUCUGGUGGGUAUAGAGUUAUCUAGAGAAAGCGUCUCUCUGUCUCUGUCUGUCUCUGUCUCUCUCUCUCUCUCUCUGUGUG